AUGAACACUCUUCAUUCCCUUAUUUCACUCUUCCUCUUCUCAUGCUUCCUUUCUCUUGUCUUGUCUUUUUCACCUCCUCAAACUCAUUUCCCUAAGCAAUGCCUUGAUGAGCAGAGAGCUCAUCUGCUGCAAUUACAGCAUCAUCUUUACUAUGCCCCUAAUUUUACUUUCUCUUCCAAAUUUGACCUCUGGGAUGUCAACACUGAUUGUUGUUCUUGGGAAGGAGUCACUUGUGAUGCUUAUGGUCAUGUCGUUGGCAUUGAUCUUAGUAACAAAAACCUUUCAGGCAGCUUCCACUCCAUGUUCGAUCUCCAUCAUCUUCAACACCUUAAUCUUGCUGGAAACAACUUUAAUACCACUCUGUUUUCAUAUGGGUUUAAUAAACUCCAAAAUCUAACUCAUCUCAACCUUUCAAGCUCAUGUUUCCACGGCCAAAUUCCAAUGAAGAUCUCACACUUAACAAGGUUAGUCUCUCUUGACCUAUCUUAUCAAGAUAAUUGCUAUUGGAGAAAUGGUUAUCAUUAUUAUUUACCACGUCUUAAAUUAGAGAAACCAAACUUCAAGACAUUAAUCAAGAAUUCGAGGCUUCUCACGGAGCUUUAUUUGGAUAGUGUUGACAUUUCAACUCAAAGUACUAAAUCGUGUAAAACCGCAUCUUUAGUACUUUCCAAUCUGCAUGUGUUGAGUCUGUCAAACUGUGGUUUGAAAGGUCCAUUAUGUUCUUCACUCUCAAGACUCUCUUUUCUUUCCAAACUUAUCCUUGAUGGGAAUCCAAUAUCUUAUUUACCUUCCAAUUUCUUGGUAAAUUCCUCUCAUUUGGUUUCUCUCAGUUUGAGGUCUUGCAAUUUGAAUGGGCAUUUUCCAACCGGAAUUCUCUUAUUGCCAAAAAUUCAAAGCAUUGACAUUUCAGUCAAUGAAUUUCUCAAUGGUCAGUUGCCAGAAUUUUCAUCAAACAACUCUUUACAGAGUUUGUCGCUUUCUUAUACAAAUUUCAGUGGAAAACUACCUGAAUCGAUUGGUAAUCUUAAGUUCUUGACAGAUUUAGAUCUUUAUGGUUGCAAUUUUUUUGGACCCAUUCCAUCGUCAAUUGCAAAUCUUAGUCACCUGGUCAACCUAGAGCUACGAGGGAACAUGCUUUCUGGAUCAAUACAUUCUUCUUUAUUCACUCUUCCAUCAUUAAAGACCCUGUAUCUUGGAGAAAAUCAAUUGGUUGGGAAAAUUGAUGAGUUCCCCAAUGCAUCUUCUUCAUUGAUUCAAGAAUUAAGUAUAGGAAAUAAUUAUUUAACAGGACCAAUCCCAAACUCAAUCCUUCAACUUCCAAGUCUUGAACGACUUUAUAUCGAAAGCAAUAGCUUCAGUUCCAUGAAGCUUGACAUGUUUGUCCAACUCAAGAACUUGAGGGAUCUGACGCUGUUCAACACAAGUUUGUUAAUUGAAAGUGACAACAGAAGUCUUACUUUUCCCCAAUUAGAGAGACUAAGCUUAAGGUCGUGCAACCUUACUGAAUUUCCAGAAUUCAUUAGAAGACAAGACAAGUUGGGUUCUCUAGAUCUUUCUCACAACCAUAUCCAUGGUUUUGUGCCCAAUUGGUUGUGGAAGAGCAAACUUUCAUGGGUAGACCUUUCUUUCAAUAUGAUUGAUUUCCCAAAACAGCUUCCCUUAAGUGAUGCUAACUUCUCUUUCCCAAUGUUGAAAGAAUUAUAUUUGGCCUCAUGUAACAUAAGUUCAUUUCCAGAGUUCAUCAAAACACAAGACAAGUUGGUUGACUUAGAUCUUUCUAACAAUCAUAUCUAUGGAGUUGUGCCUAAUUGGUUGUGGAAGAGCAGCCUUUCAAGGGUAAACCUUUCUUUCAAUGUGAUUGAUUUUCCAAAACAGCUUCCCUUAAGUGAUUUAAACUUCUCUUUUUCAAUGUUGAGGGAAUUGUCUAUGGAAUCUUGUAACAUAAGCUCAUUUCCAGAGUUCUUAAAGAGUCAAGAAAAUUUAGAAUAUCUCAAACUUUCAAAUAAUAAAAUAAGUGGUGCAAUACCAAACUGGGUGUGGAAGAAAAGUUUGCGGUAUCUGCUUCUUGCUAAUAACCAUCUCUCAUCUUUGGAUCAACUUUUACCCAAUCAGAGUUCAACUUCUUCACAAGACUCUUUCUAUUUCAACGCAUCUUAUAACAAUUUGAGUGGCCCAAUUCCAAAUUGGUUAUGCAAUAUGAGUCAACUUAGCACUUUCUAUGCAUCUUAUAACAAUUUCAAUGGCCCAAUACCAAAUUGCUUAUGUAAUAUGAGUCAACUUAGCGGUUUUGAUGCAUCUUAUAACAAUUUGAGUGGCUCAAUUCCAAAUUGCUUGGACAAUAUGAGUCAACUUGGCACUUUCGAUGUAUCUUAUAACAAUUUGAGUGGCCCAAUUCCUAAUUGCUUGGGCAAUAUGAGUGCUCUGAGUUGGUUGGGUUUGCAAGGAAAUAACUUCAGUGGAAUGAUACCAAAAUUUUCAAAAGCAACCCAACUGCAAUUUCUGAAAGUUAGUGAGAAUAGAUUGGAAGGGAAGUUGCCCAGAUCAUUAGCAAAAUGCACUCAACUUAUGGUUUUGGAUGUAGGAAGCAACAUGAUCAAUGAUACAUUCCCUUUUUGGUUGGAGAAAUUGACUUGA